AUGCUGCUGCCUAGAACACGCUCACAGCUCUGCCUGUUGCUAUUUUUCCUUUUCAGUGUCCUGGGUUCCCUCCUGCUGCUUGGACUCCAGCUCGUCUGCCCGCAGCCCUCCACGGAACACAGAAAGGUCCCGCAGCGGAUGGCUGUGGCCGAGGGCGCCCCGGAGGACGGCGGUGGCGGCGCCCCGGGCGUGUGGGGCUCCUGGGGCCCCUGGUCCGCCUGCUCGCGCAGCUGCAGCGGCGGCGUGAUGGAGCAGACGCGGCCCUGCCUGCCCAGCUCGUACCGCGCACGCGGGGGACCACGGCCUGGAGCCCCUGCGCGCGCCUUCACGGGCCACGUGGUGUCAGCCGUUCGCACAUCGGUGCCGCUGCACCGGAGCCGUGAGGAGACACGCGCCCCUGCCGGCCUCAACUCUAGUCGCCAGGGCCCGGCGCUGCGAGGCAGCCGACACCCGCAGGCCCGGGGCCGCGAACCCACGGCGGAGAGAAGGAGCAGGACCCGAGGUCCCAUCGGCCCUGGCAAGUAUGGUUAUGGGAAAGCCCCAUACAUCUUACCAUUGCAGACAGACUCUGCACACCCACCGCAGAGGCUUCGGCGACAGAGGCCCUCAUCCCGGAAUUCCAGGUCCCAGGGGGCAUCUGGCUCUAGCCAUGACUACCACCCUUCAGCUCACCAGCGCCCCCAGCAUGGACCUCUGUACCAGAGUGACAGUGGCCCGCGUUCUGGACUGCAAGCCUCAGAGGGCUCUGUCUACCAGCUGCCUUUGACCCAUGACCAAGGCUUCCCUGCAGCCUCCAGUCUCUUCCACAGCCCAGAAGCAAGCAGCAGCCCUGGGCUGGGGGCCCCCAGGGCAGCUCAGAGCUUCUCCCAGCCCACCAGAUCUACAGCCAUCUCCUGCAUCGGGGCCUACCGGCAGUACAAGCUGUGCAACACGAACGUGUGUCCAGAAAGCAGUAGAAGUAUCUGGGAGGUACAGUGUGCAUCCUACAACAACAAGCCGUUCAUGGGCCGGUUUUAUGAAUGGGAACCAUUUGCAGAAGUCAAGGGCAAUCGGAAGUGUGAGCUGAACUGCCAGGCAAUGGGCUACCGCUUCUAUGUUCGGCAAGCUGAGAAGGUCAUUGAUGGUACCCCCUGUGACCAGAACGGGACGGCCAUCUGCGUUUCCGGGCAGUGCAAGAGCAUUGGCUGUGAUGACUACCUAGGCUCCGACAAAGUUGUGGACAAAUGCGGGGUGUGCGGAGGCGAUAACACAGGCUGCCAGGUUGUGUCGGGUGUGUUUAAGCAUGCCCUCACCAGCCUGGGCUACCACCGAGUUGUGGAGAUUCCCCAAGGAGCCACAAAAAUCAACAUCACCGAGAUGUACAAGAGCAACAACUAUUUGGCCUUGCGAAGUCGUUCUGGCCGCUCCAUCAUCAAUGGGAACUGGGCAAUUGACCGGCCUGGAAAAUAUGAGGGCGGAGGGACCAUGUUCACAUACAAGCGUCCAAAUGAGAUUUCAAGCACUGCUGGAGAGUCCUUUUUGGCCGAAGGUCCCACUAAUGAGAUCUUGGAUGUCUAUAUGAUACACCAGCAGCCUAACCCAGGAGUCCACUACGAGUACGUUAUCAUGGGGAACAACGCCAUCAGCCCACAGGUGCCACUUCACAGGAGGCCAGGGGAGCCCGUCAAUGGCCAGCUGGUACCAGAAGGGAGGAGCCAGCAGGAGGGAAAAGAGAAAGAGGGGGACCAGGAGAAGGCAGAUGUGCGCAGCGGGACACCUGAAAUGUUCACGUUGGAAUCAACACAGACCUUCCCGGUCAGGCAGCCAGACAGAUUCUCUCUCCACCGGCCGGACAGUGUGGUGCCACCAGCUCCGCAACCCCCUCGGCAGAGCCGGGAUCACAACUGGAAGCAGCUGGGGACCACGGAGUGCUCGACAACCUGCGGGAAAGGAUCACAGUACCCUAUUUUUCGCUGUGUGCACAGAAACACUCACGAAGAGGUUCCUGAGAGCUACUGUGACUUGGCCAUGAAGCCGACCCCCGAGGAGGAGCCCUGCAACAUCUUCCCUUGCCCAGCCUUCUGGGACAUCGGGGAGUGGUCCGAGUGCAGCAAGACCUGCGGCCUGGGCAUGCAGCACCGCCAGGUCCUGUGUCGCCAGGUGUACGCCAACCGCAGCCUGACGGUGCAGCCCUACCGCUGCCAGCACCUGGAGAAGCCCGAGACCACCAGCACCUGCCAGCUCAAGAUCUGUAGCGAGUGGCAGAUCCGGACCGACUGGACCUCGUGUUCGGUGCCUUGUGGAGUGGGACAGAGGACCCGGGACGUGAAGUGUGUGAGCAACAUCGGGGACGUGGUCGACGACGAGGAAUGCAACAUGAAGCUCCGGCCCAAUGACAUUGAGAACUGCGACAUGGGACCCUGCGCCAAAAGCUGGUUCCUGACCGAGUGGAGCGAGCGGUGCUCAGCGGAGUGCGGGGCUGGAGUGCGGACGCGCUCCGUGGUGUGCAUGACCAACCACGUCAGCAGCCUGCCCCUGGAGGGCUGCGGGAGCAACCGGCCAGCAGGGGCCACCCCGUGCGACAACGGGCCUUGCACGGGCAAGGUGGAGUGGUUUGCAGGGAGCUGGAGUCAGUGUUCCAUCGAGUGUGGGAGUGGGACCCAGCAGAGGGAGGUAAUCUGUGUUAGGAAGAACACAGACACCUUUGAAGUGCUGGACCCCUAUGAAUGUUCCUUUCUGGAGAAACCCCCCAGCCAGCAACCCUGCCACCUCAAGCCCUGCGGGGCCAAAUGGUUUCACACAGAAUGGAGCAUGUGUUCCAAGAGCUGUCAGGGCGGCUUCCGUGUCCGAGAAGUGCGUUGUCUGGCAGAUGACAUGACCCUAAGUAAUCUCUGUGACCCUCAGUUGAAACCAGAAGAAAAAGAAUCUUGUAACCCUCAGGACUGUGUCCCUGAAGUUGAUGAAAACUGCAAGGACCGGUACUACAACUGCAACGUGGUGGUCCAGGCCAGGCUCUGCGUCUACAACUACUACAAGACCGCCUGCUGCGCCUCCUGCACGCGCGUGGCCAACAGGCACUCGGGCUUCCCAGGGAGCAGAUAA